AUGGCAGAGUCACUUCAGCCCCACCAAACCUCAAAUCAUCCAUGGGGAAAACUUGGCGCAGACAUUUGUACAUUUAAUGGCAGGGAACAUGUAGUCAUUGCAGAUUACUUUUCGCAAUUUAUAGAGGUUUGCAUGCUGCACAGCACAGCUAGUGUAGCAGUGAUAAGUAAGAUAAAGUCUGUGUUUGCAAGACAGGGAACACCUAUUGAACUGAUGACCGACAACGGGCCUCAAUUUAACAGUGCUGAAUUUAGGCACUUUGCAGCUGAUUGGGACUUUGUUCAUACGACUUCUAGUCCUCACUACCCCCAAUCCAAUGGACUGGCUGAAGGAGCA